CGAGAGGGGAGAAACGUGACGUCACGUGAUUGCGUUCUACUCCCAAGCUGUCGGUGGGUGAAGACAUUUCUGAUUUUAGUCGAAUUUUGAAUUUCUGUCUCUCGAUUAAUUUCACAAGCGCGUAUUAUUGUGUUUCGUGAAGAAUAUCGUCAUAGAAUGCAAUUGACAGACGUUGCAUAGUAUCAGCACUGGUGGUUUGUGGGGGAAACAAAAGGAGUUUUAAUUUCCAAGGCAAUUGGGUGUUGGAUCAUAUUUUAUUUUCAACUGGAGGGACAGAUCCAGUUGUAAUGGCAGAAAACAAUUUCCCUCCCCUGCCUCGCUUCAUCCCUCUGAGGCCAUGUUUCUAUCAGGAUUUUAACGAGAUCCCAGAUGUACACCGUUCCAUGUGCAAGAAGCUGUACUACCUAUGGAUCUUUAACAGUGCCACCUUGGCGGUCAAUCUGAUUGGCUGCCUGGCGUGGAUGUGCGGCGGGGGUGGAGCCACUAACUUUGGCAUGGCCAUUCUGUGGCUCAUCCUGUUCACCCCCUGUUCCUACGUGUGCUGGUUCAGACCCAUCUACAAGGCCUUCAAGACUGACAGCUCGUUCAACUUCAUGGCGUUCUUCUUCGUGUUCAUGGCCCAGGUGGUGAUCAGCAUCAUUCAGUGUAUAGGCAUCCCAGGCUGGGGCGUCUGUGGCUGGCUGGCUACCAUCACCUUCUUCAGCACCAAUAUAGGCUCUGCUGUUGUCAUGCUGAUCCCCACCAUCAUGUUCACUGCCAUGGCUGUCCUCUCCUUCACCGGGCUCACCAAGGUGCACAACAUGUACCGUGGCACUGGGGGCAGUAUGAGUAAAGCCCAGGAGGAGUGGACCACCGGGGCCUGGAAGAACCCUCACGUCCAGCAGGCAGCGCAGCAGGCCGCUGUAGGGGUGGCGCAGGGAGCCAUGCAGCAGCAACAACCCCAGUACUCACAGGCACCCACCUAUAACUACGACGACCCGGGCAUGUAGGGCAGAGUGGAGGAGAGUGUCAGGGU